GUUUUGCUGCGGUAAACCUGUCUGGGGCAUUACUGAUGGUAACUGCCGUUGAACGCCAGGCUUUGGAGCGCACCAGACAGGCAUAGUGGGCCAAUACCGCAUAGCCACUGGAAUAAAGCCGGUGGAGAGCAACGGGCAUGCUGAACCAUGGGCCACGGCGUGGGCUGAGGAUCCCGAAGGCUUUGUGAACUCGCCACUGCCAUCAGCGCGGUCUCUGACAUGGCCUCAGGCACUUCACGGGCCGACGGCGGAAACAACCAUGGAGGGAGGUCCCAGCUGCAGGCCGUCGUGUCCUGUGCCAAGCUCAAGAGGAAGAAGAACUGGUUUGGGACGGCGGUGUACGUGGAGCUGGGUGCCGACGGGGAGGCCUGCAGGACCGCCAAAUCUCACAGCUCCUCCAACCCCAAAUGGGACGAGCGCCUCACGCUGAAUGUAACGCCACACACCAAACUGGACUUCAAGGUGUGGAGCCACCACACGCUCAAAGCCGACGCCCUUCUGGGCCGGGCCUCUCUGGACCUGCAGCAGGUCCUGGAGCAGCACAACCGCAAACUGGAGAACGUGAAGGAGGUGCUGAAGCUCACGCUGGAGGGGAAGAACGGGGUGCCCAUCAGCACCGGUGAGCUCACCGUCUUCCUGGACGGGCUGACCGUGGAGCCGGCGUCGCUUAGCAACGGGACGGGCACUGGCGCCAGCACCUCCGCCUCCACUUCCACCAAAGCCCUGCAGAACGGAGAGGAGGACCAUCAGAACGGGGAGGAGGCCUCCUCUUCCCGACCUCGCACUCGCUCUCUGAACGGAAUCGACAGCGAGGGACCCUCCACCUCCUCUGUCCAGAGCGACUCCAGCUCUGUCCCCGUCGCCAAUGGCAACAGCGGCUCCUCCCCCACGGCGUGCCGACCCCCCAGCCCCCAGGGCUCGCCCGCCAAGAGGCCGGCUGAGGAGCAGCCCGCCAACGGCGCCGUGAACGGGGAGACUCCCGGCCCAGCCGCAGAAGAGGUGCUGCCCCCUGCUGGCGGCUCGGAGCAGAGCGACGAAACCCCCGGCAGCGCCCCGGCGCCCGGCCCUAACCCCGCCCCUGCCUCAGACCGGCUGGCCCCCGACCCGCCCCGCGAGCCUUCCUCCUCCCCCGCCCCCGCCGGCGCCGUGGAAACGCCCCCGGCCUCCUCUUCCUCCAGUGCGGAGGCCUGGGGGGCCGGGGGCAGCGGUGCCGGUGGAGGUGCUGGUAGCGGUGCGCAGGAGGGGGGCAAGCCCCGGCAACCCAGCAGGAGCGGCAACAACACCGACGCCCUGCCCCCGGGGUGGGAACAGCGGAAAGACCUGCAUGGCAGAACAUAUUAUGUUGACCACAACACCAGAACCACAACCUGGGAGAGGCCACAACCCCUACCGACAGGAUGGGAGAGGCGUGUGGAUGACCGAGGCAGGAUCUACUACGUGGAUCACAACACCAGGACCACCACCUGGCAGCGGCCCACCAUGGAGUCGGUCCGAAACUUCGAGCAGUGGCAGUCCCAGCGCAGCCAGCUGCAGGGAGCUAUGCACCAGUUCAACCAGAGAUACCUCUACUCGGCCUCGAUGAUGUCUGCUGAAAAUGACCCCCUGGGACCUCUGCCCCCUGGCUGGGAACGACGCGUGGACUCCAAUGACCGGGUGUAUUUCGUCAACCACAACACCAAGACCACUCAGUGGGAGGACCCUCGCACGCAAGGGCUGCAGAACGAGGACCCGCUCCCCGAGGGCUGGGAGAUCCGGUACACACGCGAGGGCGUCAGGUACUUCGUGGAUCACAACACCCGGACGACCACCUUCAGCGACCCACGGACCGGGAAGUCCUCUGUCACCAAAGGUCCGCAGAUAGCCUAUGAACGCAGCUUCAGGUGGAAGUUAGCGCAUUUCCGCUACCUAUGCCAGUCUAAUGCAUUACCCAGCCAUGUGAAGAUCACUGUGUCGCGACAAACACUGUUUGAAGACUCUUUCCAGCAAAUCAUGGCCCUGAAGCCCUACGAUCUCAGGAGGCGACUGUAUGUCAUCUUCAGAGGAGAGGAGGGGCUGGACUACGGUGGGCUGGCGAGGGAGUGGUUUUUCCUGCUGUCACACGAGGUUCUCAACCCCAUGUACUGUCUGUUCGAGUACGCCGGCAAGAGCAACUACUGUCUGCAGAUCAACCCCGCCUCCACCAUCAACCCCGACCACCUCUCCUACUUCUGCUUCAUUGGACGCUUCAUCGCCAUGGCUCUGUUUCAUGGCAAGUUCAUCGACACGGGCUUCUCCCUGCCCUUCUACAAGCGCAUGCUCAACAAGAAGCUCACCAUCAAGGACCUGGAGUCCAUCGACCCCGAGUUCUACAACUCCCUCAUCUGGAUCAGGGACAACAACAUCGAGGAGUGCGGCCUAGAGAUGUACUUCUCUGUAGACAUGGAGAUCCUGGGGAAGAUCACGUCACAUGACCUGAAGCCCGAUGGAGCAAACGUGCUGGUGACGGAGGAGAACAAAGAGGAGUACAUUGGGCUGAUGGCAGAGUGGCGCUUCUCGCGCGGGGUGGAGGAGCAGACCAAAGCUUUCCUGGACGGCUUUAAUGAGGUGGUGCCUCUCCAGUGGCUGCAGUACUUCGACGAGAAGGAGCUGGAGGUGAUGCUGUGUGGAAUGUUGGAGGUGGACCUGCAAGACUGGCAGAGGAACACGGUCUAUCGCCACUACACCCGCAACAGCAAGCAGAUCAUCUGGUUCUGGCAGUUUGUGAAGGAGGUGGACAACGAGGUGCGCCUGCGGCUGAUGCAGUUUGUCACAGGGACCUGCAGGCUGCCGCUAGGGGGCUUCGCUGAGCUCAUGGGCAGUAACGGGCCUCAGAAGUUCUGCAUAGAGAAGGUGGGCAAGGACACCUGGCUCCCCCGCAGCCACACCUGCUUCAACAGACUGGACCUGCCGCCCUAUAAGAGCUACGACCAGCUGAAGGAGAAGCUCCUAUUCGCCAUCGAGGAGACGGAGGGCUUCGGCCAGGAGUAGGGCCCCGUCGGCCUGUUGGCCGUCUGAGAAUAAGCUUCCCUCUGUUGCCCGGCCAAGAUAAAGAGAAGAAAGAAAAAAAAAAAAGAAAAGAAAAAUUGCACAGAUAAUUAGAUACUAAUGUACAUAAGCUAUUUUGUCAUUUAAAAAAAAACAAACAAAUCUUAUUUCUGAACACCAUUUAGAAAUUGACCUUGCGUUUCUUCCUCAUAAAUAUGCAAUGGGACAUUUCAGCGUUUUCUCCUCUUUUAAAAGAGGAAGCCUAUUAAUAGUAUUAUUAUAAUUAUUAUAAUUUUUUUUUUUCUUUUGGCUGGUUUUUUUUCAAAGAUGUAUAAGAAGAAAUGAUUUUAUAGUUUAACUAUAUCAAUGGCUCUAGUUUUAUAGAGCUUUUAAGGUGACUCUUAGUGUCUGUUGUUUUUUUGGGGUGGGGGGGGGGCUGUUGUGGACCGGGGCCUGUGAUCCACACUGCUACGAGCCCAGCUUGCCUGCGGGACCGACCCGGCAUGGAGAACCCCACGCUCGGCCCCCGUGGCGUUCUGUGUGGCCGUUAUCCCGGCGGCCAUCUUGUUCGGGGGGGGGGGGGGGGGGAAGCACCUUUACCUGUGACUGGCUCCGUACGAACCCUACACACUGCUUACACGGAAAACAUCAUUUUACUCUUAAGUUUUAUUUUUAUUUUUUUUAAUCCCUUCGGCUUUUCGCCCUCCUCGCACGGCGUGAGAGCGAACGACGCUCGGAGGGGGCGGAGGAACGUGAUUGGAGGAGCCGCUGCUCGGCGUGAUGAUGCGUGAAGACGCUGGAGGAGGAGCGUGAGGCUUCAGUGCUCAGUGAUCCGAAUGGAAGCAGAUGUAGCCGUACGCCGCUAUGCCCAUGCCGUUUGCUCUUGCAUCCUAUUCUCACACCGGUAAUGUCCUGCUGUAUGACAACAGUAACAAAACAAUACGAAUAAAAAAAUUAAGCGAAAAAAAUAAUCAAUAGCACAUUUUUGGACUUAUAAUAUGAAGUGUACCUUAAUAGGCCACGGUUAAUGGAUAUUGGUUCUGUGGGUGAGACUGAUCAGAAAGAGUGCAAUUAAAAAGACUGAAAGCAAAA